AAAUCAGAUCGACCCAUCCGACCACUAACUGAGGACCACAGAAUGGCUUUCUCCGAUAAGUUGUGAUGGCUGUCCAUACCGGAUUUUUGAGUCAAUAUUGUUCGCUCAAGUUGUAGACAGAUCCAGUGAUCAUAGAAUAGCCGUCCUGUUAACAGUAAUAGAACUGGAAUAGUUCGCGAGAAUGGAGGAACGUAAGCUUGAUAAAUUUAUUUUCACUUGGAUUAUUGAAAACGCAAGCAUGUGUCAUCAUUCUAAUGGAGCAAUACUGAAGAGUCGCAGAUUUACUUUACCUUCUUUACCCAGUAUGACAUGGUGUAUAUAUCUACUUUCGCGCUUAAACACGGAUAAAAAUCAAGUAAAGAUUUACCUCAAGAGAACUGAUGAUUUUCUAGAAACUUGCAGAGUAAAAUUUAAUUUUCAGUUCUUGGAUUCCGAUGGAAAGUUGAUUUACAGUAGUGAAGAAUAUGUAAGUCAAUUUACAAACGAUGCUGGUCGGGGACGCACUAAACGUUUUGCAAUGAAGCUUUUUACCUGUUCCCUCAUAAAUGACAUUCUCAUUAUUAAAUUUAAUAUGGAGGCAGUACUUAAGGCAAACAAGGAAGAGACACUUCUUUCACUUCCGUACAGAAAUGCAUCUUUCACGGACGUCGUUUUAUUUACUGGUGGUGCUGUUUACAAAGUGCAUAAAGCUAUUUUAUCGGUGAGGUGGCCCAAAUUGGUAGAAAAAUUGGACGCUCAAGAUGCGUCCCAACUAGUCAUGAGUAUUACGCCAGACGUUCUAGAGGCCAUGCUCGAGUAUGUUUAUACGGGAAAACUGGAUUGCAGUAAACCUGAGAUGUUAGUCAAAUUGUAUGAUGCUGCAGCAAAACACGAACUGAGUUUACAAUGCAUGCCUGUAGUAGUACAGAAAAUGCGAACCCGCAUAAAUGCACAGCAAAUAUCGUUUGAGUGGCCGAUCGAAAAUUUCUCCCGCCUUCCUGUUGAGACAGUAUUAUACAGUCAAGUAUUUUCUGUUCGUAUGUAUAAAGAUGCUUCCUAUAGAUGGACUUUGAUCUUUCAUAAACGUGAUGCGGGUUUUGAUAUUUCCAUUUGCAAGAUACACGAUGAAAGAGUAAUUCCAUUUUUCCUGAAAAGCAAAAUAUCGUUGUGUGGAUCUCAUUCUCAAGAAAAUGAGCAUAUGUUCGAAGACAAUAAUACUUGGAAAUGUGCGGAAUUUUUCGAAGAUAUUUCCACAGAUCAGAGUGGUGAUAAAUUAUUACUUAAUUGCCAGUUUACGUUUUCUGAUUGCCAUUAUAUUAAUGAAAUGAUGGAAUUCUCAUGUGCGUUUACAUCAUCUAUUCAUUGCCAUGAUUUUAGUAUAAAUAUUCAAAAUCUUUUCGAAACUGGAGAAUUCUCAGAUGUUGACAUAAAAGUUGAUUCGAAAACGUUUUCUGCUCACAAAUUUAUUCUCUGUGCUCGAUCACCUGUGUUUUCUAAAAUGUUCGAAACCGAAAUGAUCGAAUCGAAAGAGAACAUCGUUGAGAUUUCAGAUGCUGAUCCUGAUACAAUCGACGAAUUUUUAUUUUUUCUAUAUUGCGGACACUUGAGAAAGCCUUUGGAAGAAACUUCGAAAAAAUUAUACGCUGUAGCUGAUAAAUACGAUGUUCCUGCGCUUAAGAAAAGGUGCUCGUCUUUCUUCAAGUCGAAUCUUGAUUGCAAAAAUAUAAGCGAAAUGCUUCGAUUAGCUGAUUUGUAUUUGGAUGAUGAUUUGUACGAGAGUGUGUUAGAAUUUACCAAUGCACACGCAGAAGUCGUUUUCUUAAGUGAUGAAUGGAAAAAAACCGAGAAAGAUGACUUGGUGGCAAAAUUUUUGCAAGAUGUAAUACUGAGAAGGAAAUAGGAAAUUACUAAGUUAAAAGAAUACUGUUCACAAUACUGAUUAUUGGAUUAUUUCGAAUCUCAAAUUUUCAUGAAACUUAUAUAAAUGUUAUUAUUUCCAUUUUGGUAAGUUGUGGUGUAACAUCCAAGUUGAACAAAUCGUUUAUUGUGAUUUCAUUCAGUUAAUUUUAAUUUUAUUAUAUAUGAUAAUUAAAUGUGUUUUCUGGUA